CUCCCUCCCUUUUUUUCCACCUCCCGAAAUUUGCCCGGAAAAUAAUAGGGAAUAAGGAAGGUCUGAGAGAAACCCAGCAAUCGGUUCUUCGAUUUAUGGGUUCGUUUCGGGAUUUUGAUUAAGUGGGUUUUGGAUAAUUUUCCAUUUUUUCAAUUGGGUUUGGUGAAAAAUUCGAUCUUUUGGGGGUGUUCGAGGGGAAGAGCGAUGGACUUGGAAAGCAUCGAGUGUGUGUCGUCCUCAGAUGGACUUGAUGAGGACGAGAUCCAUCCCCACCAUAACACUCUGCACCCGCAUUCUCACCCUCAUCAGCACCACCAUGAAUUUUCCAAGCCCAGAAACAAUGUCACUACCAACGCUACCAUUGCCGGCCCCACCUCCAUCGCUCCCGCCACCAGCGUCCACGAGCUGCUCGAAUGCCCUGUCUGCACCAAUUCCAUGUACCCGCCAAUCCAUCAGUGCCACAAUGGCCACACACUGUGUUCCACUUGUAAGUCGAGGGUGCACAACCGUUGCCCAACUUGUAGACAGGAGCUUGGAGAUAUUAGGUGUUUAGCUCUGGAGAAGGUGGCUGAGUCACUUGAGUUACCCUGCAAGUAUUACUCCUUGGGAUGCCCAGAGAUAUUCCCGUAUUACAGCAAACUAAAGCAUGAAUCAGUGUGCAACUUCAGACCGUAUAAUUGCCCUUAUGCUGGAUCGGAGUGCUCUGUUGUUGGAGAUAUCCCUUUCCUGGUUACCCAUCUAAGGGAUGAUCACAAGGUGGACAUGCACACAGGAUGCACAUUCAACCAUCGCUAUGUGAAGUCAAAUCCUCGGGAAGUAGAGAAUGCCACUUGGAUGCUAACAGUUUUCCAUGGUUUUGGUCAAUACUUCUGCCUUCAUUUUGAAGCCUUCCAGCUCGGCAUGGCUCCUGUUUAUAUGGCAUUUCUACGUUUUAUGGGCGAUGAGAAUGAGGCCCGGAACUACAGCUACAGCCUAGAGGUUGGAGCGAAUGGCAGGAAACUCAUAUGGGAGGGGACACCACGAAGUGUCCGUGAUAGCCACCGAAAGGUCAGGGAUAGCCACGAUGGUCUCAUUAUCCAACGAAACAUGGCUCUAUUCUUCUCCGGAGGCGACAGGAAGGAGCUGAAGCUGAGAGUUACCGGGAGGAUAUGGAAGGAACAGCAAAAUCAAGAUUCUGGGGCGUGCAUAGCAAACCUGUGUAGCUAAGACAAAUGAUUUGGAAAGUUCUAAUGUUUGUUGCUUGAGACUGUCGUGUGUUGUACCUGGAACAGCUUGUUCCUGGUACGUUGUAACAAACCGGUUUCUUGAGUUUGGGAAGUUUUCAGCUUUAAUAAAAUUGUAUAACAAGCAGAGGCGUUUUCUUCCUUUUCAA